AUGGCCUCUCUGGACCUGCCUUACCGCUGUCCGCGUUGCGGGGAACACAAGCGCUUCCGGAGCCUAUCUUCACUAAGGGCCCAUUUGGAGUAUAACCACACUUACGAAACUCUCUAUGUCCUCUCUAAGACAAACAGUAUCUGCGAUGCCACCAUCUUUCCAUUGGCAACAGAUGCCACCCUCUUGACCCCAGCCACCCGUCGGGAUAUUUUUGAAAGCACGUCCUUCCAGGGCAAAGAGCAGCACAUCACCUGUGACCUCCUAGCUGCCGAAGAACUGGAGUCCUCAUCUUCUCCCGUGUCAUCUCGCUACCUCCACGAGAUCGAGAUCCCUCUGGCUGAGAUCUUUACCCGCAAGACCAUGACUUCAUCCACCACACCUCCCGCAGCUGCUGCAGCUGCCACAGUAGCUGCUGUGGAUGCAGCUUAUGAGGAAGGGUUGACCCGCUUGAAGAUUCGGGCUUUUGAGAAGCUGGAAGUAGACAAGCGCCUGGAGAAAUUCACCGAAGAAGUGGAACAGAAGAUCGCCUCCCAAGUUGGCCGGCUCCAGGUGGAAUUAGACCGGAAGACCUCAGAGCUGGAGAAGGCCAAGCAAGAGAGCCUCAAGCUCAGCCGUGAGAAACAAGAACUUGAGGACCGAGCGGUAGAGCUUUCUCGCCAGGUGGACGUCAGCGUGGAGAUGUUGGCGUCCCUCAAGCAAGAUCUUGUCCUGAAGGAGCAGGAGUUAACCCGGAAGCAACAGGAGGUCAUCCAAAUAGACCAGUUCUUGAAGGAGACGGCCGUCCGCGAAGCCAACGCCAAAGUACGUCUGCAGCAGUUCAUCGAGGAACUCCUGGACCGGGCAGACCGAGCCGAGAAGCAGCUUCAGAUCAUCAGCAGCAGUUGCGGAACAACUCCCAAUUGUAGUUUGGGGAGAUGUAGUAUGCCUGGAUCCAAAAGCACUAGCCGAGCAAGAGACAAGCACUCAAUGCCUGAAGCGACCCCGCACAGCUCCUACACCGUUUCCAAUCAGAGGUCAUCGUCCAGUACCGGGGCCUCCAGCCGGGCCAAAGCGGUCUCUCAGAGUUCGGGCUGCUACGACAGUGACGGUCCUGAAGUCUACCAUGGAGCUGAGAAUAGCAAUGGGCCACCCUUCCAGUCCCGAGGCCCGGAGAGCGGCUUUGACCGGCCCGCCGGUGUGCGCAGCUCAGCUUUGCGCAGGCAGGCCAUUCAGAAUUGGCACCGCCGACCGUACCGCAACAGCACAGAAGGUGAGGAAGGAGACAUCUCCGACAUCGGAUCCCGGACCACCGAGUCGGAGGCCGAGAUGUGGGAGUUGGAACCCAGGGUGCCCGCUGAGGUCCAGCAAGUGAAUUUCUCCAGGGCAGGAAACAAUUCCCGGAUGGCAGCCAGGUCCGAUGCUGGAAAGGGUGUCCGGCCCGAGAGGGGAAGUCCAUCCCGUUCCAACGAGGUCAUCAGCCCGGAGAUCCUCAAGAUGCGAGCUGCGCUUUUUUGCAUCUUCACCUACCUCGACACCAAGACCCUGCUUAGGGCCGCCGAGGUCUGCAAGGACUGGAAAUUUGUGGCACGGCACCCAGCAGUGUGGACCCGGGUGCUGCUGGAAAACGCCAGAGUCUCCUCGAAGUUCCUGGUCAUGCUUUCACAAUGGUGCACCCAGACACACUCUCUCACCCUCCAAAAUCUCAAGCCCAGGCAAAGGGGGAAGAAGGAAACCAAGGAGGAUUACAUGAAAAGCACACGGGGAUGCCUCGAAGCGGGACUGGAGUCCUUACUCAAAGCCUCCGGGAGUAACCUCUUGAUCCUACGGGUUUCGCACUGCCCCAACAUUUUGACGGAUCGCUCCCUCUGGCUGGCCAGCUGCUACUGCCGAGCCCUUCAAGCCGUCACCUAUCGGAGUUCCACCGAUCCUGUGGGCCAUGAAGUCAUUUGGGCUUUGGGAGCAGGCUGCCGAGACAUCAUCUCUCUGCAGGUGGCACCCCUCCACCCUUGCCAGCAACCCACCCGGUUUAGCAACCGCUGCCUGCAGAUGAUUGGGCGUUGCUGGCCACACCUGAGAGCGCUGGGUGUCGGAGGGGCAGGGUGUGGCCUGCAGGGACUGGCCUCCUUAGCCCGAAACUGCAUGCGUCUCCAAGUGCUGGAGCUGGACCACGUGACAGAGGUCAAUCAGGAGGUGGCGGCUGAGGUGUGUCGGGAAGGCUUGAAAGGCUUGGAGAUGCUGGUUCUGACGUCCACCCCCGUGACCCCCAAAGCCUUACUGCAUUUCAACAGUGUUUGCCGGAACCUGAAAUCAAUUGUGGUCCAAGUUGGGAUUGCUGAUUACUUUAAGGAACCAAAUAGUUCGGAGGCCAAGAAAAUGUUUGAUGAAAUGAUCAACAAACUCCAGGCUCUGAAAAAGAGGCCGGGCUUUUCAAAGAUUUUACACAUUAAGGUGGAAGCAGGCUGCUAA